UUCUCUCUAUCGUUUCGCCCUUUCUUUCUUUUAUUCUUCAGCCUCGUACGGUCGUCUAGUCAAGAUGCCGAAGAGUGAUGCCAACGCCGGAGAGGAGAAAGCCGCCGGUGAGAUCAUGCUGUUCGGCGUCCGAGUGAAGGUCGACCCCAUGAGGAAGAGCGUUAGCUUGAACGAUCUGUCUCAGUACGUGCAGCCGAAUGAAUCCCCUAACGUCAACGAUCCUUCCGCCGCCGCCGCCGCCGCCGGUUACGCGUCCGCCGACGAGGCCGUAAACCACCAGUCCUCCGGGAAUCGCGAACGCAAGAGAGGGGUUCCGUGGACCGAGGAAGAGCACAAGCUAUUCCUUUUAGGGCUGCAGAAAGUAGGCAAAGGAGAUUGGAGAGGAAUUUCGAGAAAUUUCGUGAAGACUCGUACUCCCACACAGGUCGCCAGCCACGCUCAGAAAUACUUCCUCCGUCGGAGCAACCUCAAUCGCCGUCGCCGUCGAUCUAGCCUCUUCGACAUUACAACUGAUACGGUCACUGCAAUUCCGAUGGAAGAAGAAAAAGGUCUUCCAGAUGGCAAAAUUCAGCCGCUUCUGUCUCCGGAAACUUCCAGUAUUAGUGGAUCUCAGGUCCUUCCCUACCCAGUGGCUGUUGGCCCCGUCCUAGUGCCGGUACAGAUUGAGAAUCCCAUGGAAAAACUAACCCUAAGGCAACUCGAUCGUGCCAAUAAUGAGCCGGCAAAUCUUAUCCGUCCAAUCCCAGUUCUUCCAAUUCCCAAUCCCAAGAUAAUGACAGACCUUAACCUAAAUCAGAGAUUAAUGGCAGAGCCAGAGCCGUUAUCUCUGCAGCUAUCACUGUCGGCCGAUCUGAACCAGUUGCCAAGGCAUUCCGCGUUUCAGGUGCUGUCAAGCGUCAGCAAUGGGGAUAGCAUUAUCAGCGUUGCAUGAUGAUUGCGGAAGAAGAUAAGAUUCAUCAAAAUUUUUAGAGAAAAGGAUUAGGUAAUUAGUUUUGUUUGACUAGAAUUUGAUCCUUCGUGCUGUACAGGACUAAAAACAACGUUGAUGCCGUGUUGUACUCUCUCUGUCGUUUUAUUAAUGCCCCCUUCAUCUUAGAUUCCCUA